AUGGUCACUGUGAGUUUGAGCUCUGCUGAGGUGGCCGAAGCACAGCAGCGUUCUCUCAGCACAGGGACACUGUCCUUCGCCCAGGUGUUACCCGGCAGUGUGCUUGUCGGCGAAACUCAUUUACUUCAAGUGUUUUUCACUGCGGGACAGACGGUCAACGAUGCAACAGUUGAGGUUGAGGCGCCGCCUGGCUUUGCCUUCAGCCCCAGCUGCACCGCCGAAGAACUGCCGGAGACCAUUUACAGGAAUGGAGAGACACCGGACUCGGUCGUCAUCGAGAGAUUUGCCAUUGUCCAGGUUCGCUGGACUGCGGCGCUGCAGUCCUGCCCACUUGUGGCAAUCCUUCGCGGUGUUGCGCCGACAGAGGCAGCACAUGUCGGUAAGGCUCUUGCAGAAAGCGGAUUGACAAUCCUGGAAGUUCCCUUGAACUCGCCGCAGGCUCUGCAAAGCAUUGCACUUCUCGUCCAACAUCUACCGAAUGCCAUCGUCGGUGCCGGCACUGUCCUGAGCGCUAAAGAGGUAGAUGAAGUUCACGCUGUGGGUGGCAAGCUCAUUGUCAGUCCGAACACGGACCCGAUCGUGAUCCGGAGGACCAAGGAGCUUGGUCUCAUCAGCUUUCCAGGUGUUUGCACGCCUACGGAAGCCUUCGCAGCUAUACGAGCUGGUGCAGAUGCACUGAAGGCCUUUCCCGGAGAGCAACUUCCGCCCAACAUCAUCAAAGCGUGGAGAGCAGUUCUGCCAAAAACUACAUGUCUUAUGCCUGUUGGAGGAGUGUCCACCGAAAACAUGGCAGCAUACCUCGAGGCUGGUGCGAGUGGUUUCGGAGUUGGCACCGCCCUGUACCAAGCCGGUGACACGGCAGACACUUGCCGCAAGAAGGCGCAGGCUUUUGUUCGCAAGUAUCGGGAGCUGGCCAAAGAUGCUGCUGGUGACGUGGAUCCUCCAGCAAAGCGGCCAAGAGGCGCGACGACCACCUCAUUCUCAUUUCAUGUGAAGCUGUCUCGUUCUCACGAAGACGAGAAGUGGGGCUUCUUCUGGGAACCCGAGAUCCUGAAGCAAACCAACCGCCGUGUUCUCCGCAGCGUUGUCGCUGCGCCUGGGAGCCCUUUUGACAUGUGGAACCAGGAGAACCCGCACCUGGCGGCAGUCGAGGGUGACGAGCUGGUCCAGGUGAAUGAAGGAGGCAAAUCUGCUCCUGAUAUCGCACGGGAGCUCAAGAACCUGGAAGCUGUUUGUGAGUUUGUUCGCGUCAAGCCGACUGCGGCCAGGCCCCAGGUCCAGAACACCUACCAGAGGAGAAGUUGA